AUGGAACGAGUUGGUUUGCUUGCGAUCUUGGCUAUAUGUUUGGUUCUUGCAAAUUGCAAAUACAUUGAAGCAGAUGUAAACAGGAUAGUGGACAAAUUAGGACUGGACUUCGUUGAAAUUUGGCAAGCAUAUGUACGGUCUUAUGACAAUUUGGAACUGGCAGCUAAAUUCAACAUUAAUGGAAAUAGAAGCGAGAAGAAAAAGGUUGUCAAGAGGUGGUUUAUUUUGUACACCCACAACUCCGUCGACAAAUGGGUGAGGUCUGAAUCCCUUCAAUUGGUAACUUAUUACUUGGAUGGAAGCAGUCCUAUCAAGGUGACAACUCUGCAUGAAAAUGGAACAAUGGAAGUCAUGUACAUUGGAAGUUUGUUGGAUAAAAGAUGUGAAAUACUCAAUUGUCAAUAUGAAUUUAUUCAACCAGUUGGUUCCACAAUGAAAGAAGAGAUUUUCGAUGCAGAAGGUUGGGCUGUUAUAAGUGCUGUCACUUCACCCGGUCUUGAAGGCUCGGAGGGUCUUUCCAUAAUAUUUGAUUCUGAAUUGACAUGUAGUCUAUAAAGUCUAGAACCAAUUUCUUUCUGAAGAAUAAAUUGUCAUGCAUC